AUGACUUUUGAAAUUGUCAUCUUUACCCUCUGGGUGAUUUGUUUAAUCUCCUACUGCAUUCUGUCAUGGACCAGCAUCGUGGAGAUCAAACUUUCGUCCUCUGCAGAUUCCUUGUACAGCACUCAGCCUUCAUUUGACCUGCGCAAGAUCCCAAGCUCUGAAGGAGAUGACGUUGCAACGUACCUUUGCCGUCAGGGCUACGAGUUGGGAUCCAAGCUUGGUGAAGGAGCUUAUGCCAUUGUGAGGGAAGCUUACUCAAACAAACAUGGAAGAAAUGUAGCUGUCAAGAUAAUCGACAAGCAAAAGCUGUCUGAUAGAACCCUUCACAAGUUCUUAAAGCGUGAGGUGGAGGCUUUGAGGCAGGUUGAUCACAAGAAUGUCAUUUGUCUGCUUGAAGUCAUCGAAUCAGAUCGUCGAUUUUACAUCAUCAUGGAGCUUGCACAUAAUGGCGACUUGCUCAAGCUACUACAAGAACGAGGACGACUUCCUGAGGCAGAAGCAAAAAGGGUGUUUAAAAAAGUUGCCAAAGGAAUCCUUCAUUGUCAUAAAAAAGGGAUUGCACAUCGAGAUUUAAAACUUGAAAACAUCCUUUUGUCGCGUAAAAAUGAGCCAAUCAUAUCGGACUUUGGAUUUGCCCGCAACAUUGGUGGCGCCGAGAGUAGCACUGAAUCAGGCACGUGCGACAGUCGUGCGAGAAGCUGUACUUUCUGUGGUUCUUACGCUUAUGCUGCACCGGAAAUACUGCAAGGGAUCCCAUACGACGCAACGUGCAGUGAUGUCUGGAGUCUUGGUGUUUUAUUGUUUGCCAUGGUAACGGGCCAGUUUCCUUUUGACGACACCGACAAGAAACAUCUUCUACGCGAGACGACGUCAGGAAACAUCAACUUUGGCUCGCGAAGUUCCAAUUUGUCCGAGCAAGUGAAAGACAUGAUAAGGAAAAUGCUUAGUCCUGAUGCAAAAACAAGGAUGACACUCGAAGACGCCAUGGAGCAUCCUUGGAUGAAGAGGAAAGGUGCACGUUUACAAGUGCCUGCCUCGUGGAGAAAGCGGUCUCUAUCGUCCAGUAUGCUUUCCAAUGAAUCCAGUGAUUAUGAACGUUUUUUCUAAAAUAUGGAGUGCGAUUGUACGGUUUAUGAGUACGCAUCUUGACAUGAACAAAAGCUGUACUAGCGCGGAACUUAUUUGUUUUCGGAGUUAUUCUGUACGAUUAUUGUUGAUGCCAAAAUGUAAAAUAAUACCGCAAAUUUUGAAACAGUAAACCUACG